AUGUCGUCAAAAACGAAAAAGACUGUAACAUCGUCGUCUAAUAUAAGUGUGGUGUCAUCAGUGCAAAGCCCGCAGCAGUCGAGCACUCCUGUGGGAAGCCGCCCUUCAAGUUCUGCCGGCCGGCCGAAUAGCCCGCUGAGCCCUACAAGACACACCCGUCUUCAAGAGAAAGAUGCCUUACAAAAUCUCAAUGACCGUUUGGCGGCAUACAUCGAUAAAGUCAGGCAGUUGGAAAGUGAGAAUUCUGGAUUACGUCGUGAAAUUCAGACUACACAGGAGGUGGUCACACGCGAGGUUUCUAAUAUCAAGGGCAUGUACGAACAUGAAUUGCAAGAUGCCCGUAAGCUCUUAGAUGACACAUCGCGUGAAAAAGCUAAAUUAGAAAUUGAUCUGAAGAGGUUAUACGAGGAGAACGAUGAUUUGAAAAAGCGCUUGGACAAAAAGACUAAAGAUUGUCAACAAGCUGAAAACUUGGCGCGUCAUUAUGAGACGCGUUUCACCGAGGAAAGCAACAAGUACAACACAGCUUUGGCUGAUAAGAAGAAGGCUCAAGAUGAAGCCAGGGAGCUGGGUAAAGAAUUGGAGAAACUGCGUAAGGUAUAUGCCGAUACGCGUAAGACCCUGGAAGAGGAGAUGCUGUGCCGCAUCGACAUGGAGAACACAGUGCAAAGCUUGCGCGAAGAGCUCUCCUUCAAGGACCAGGUGUUCCAACAGGAACUGCAGGAGACACGCACCAGACGCCAGGUCGAAAUAUCCGAAAUUGAUGGUCGCCUGGCCCAACAGUAUGAGGCUAAGUUGCAACAGAGCCUGCAAGAGCUGCGUGAACAACAGGAGGCUAAUAUCAAAGCCAACCGUGAUGAAAUUGAAGCUCUAUAUGAAAACAAGAUGAAGAAUCUGCAUAACGCGGCCAACCGAAACAGCACAGCUGCUACCGUUGCCGUAGAAGAGCUACGUACCAUGCGCACGCGCAUCGACAGCCUCAAUGCUACCCUCAACGACCUGGAAAAUAAGAAUGCGGCACUCAGCAACCGUUGCCGUGAAUUGGAGCGUCAGCUGGAGACUGAGCGCGCCAGACACGCCGAGGACCUCGCUUCGCUGGAGCAGGAACUAGCCAGGCUGCGGGACGAGAUGGCGGCGCAACUGCGCGAGUACGCCACGCUCAUGGACAUCAAGAUUUCCCUCGACUAUGAAAUCGCCACUUACCGUGCGCUGCUUGAAGGCGAGGAAGACAGGCUGAACCUGACCAGCCAGUCCCCGGGCCGCGAGUCCCGCGCGUCGGCCAGUGUGUCGAUGAGCGCGGGCGGCGCGCGCGGCACGCCGUCGCGGCGCGCCACGCCCCUGCGCGCUGCACGCAAGCGCACGCUGCUCGACGAGACCGAGGAGCGCAGCCUCAACGACUACAGCGUCACCUCCAGCGCCAAAGGUGACCUAGAAGUCGCAGAGGCCUGUCCCGACGGCAGCUUCGUCAAGAUCAGGAACAAGGGCAAGAAGGAACUGAGCCUCGGUGGAUACCAGAUUCUCCGUAAAGCUGGUGACCAGGAGACGAUCUUCAAAUUCCACCGCACGGUGAAGCUCGAGCCCGGUGCAAUAGCCACUGUCUGGUCUGCCGACGCCGGUGUAGACCACGACCCACCACGAGACAUCGUCAUGAAAGGCCAGAAGUGGUUUGUUGCAGACUCCUUCACCACUGCUUUGUUGAACAACGACCAGGAGGAGGUAGCAAUUUCGGAGAGACAGCGGCGACAAAUAAGCACCAGCGCACAGAGACACCGCGAACUCGCGCAUAAAUAUCCGCGUCGUGAGCAGCUUGGUGAACUUCGUGAGGGAGAAGAGAACUGUCGUAUCAUGUAACUAA